AUGACUAAAGACCAAUUGCAAGCCGAGUUAAAAAAGAAAGUCAAACCGGGCAUUAAACCUAGCCAUUUACGAAAAAGUAAAAGUCUGAGUGAUAUUCCAGUGGCUCCCCCUUUGCCUAACACUCCUUUACAAAAAAGUAAAUCUCAGUUAGAUAUUCCAACUCAACAACCUACUCCCGAACAACAAAUCAGCCAACUAAAACAAACCCUCACUUUUACCCAAAAUACUGCUCAGAAUUAUUUAGCCAGUCUCCAAGUUGCCCAAGCCAAAAUCACUGAAUUAGAAGCCGAAUUAAAGUCUCACGAAACUUUUAUUGAUGCCCCGGAAGAAAACCCGGCCGAAUUAAAAACGCAAAUUAGCCAAUUAGAAGAGCAAAUCUUACAAUUAAGAUUAGAUAAAAUUAAAGACUUUGGCGAUUAUUACGAACAAAAAAAAGUUUUAGAAACCGAAUUAGAAGAAAAUAUUAGCGAAGGAAUAAACGAAAUCAACCGCUUAGAAAACCAACUCUUAGCCACUAAUAAAAAAAAGCUAGAAUUACAACAGCAAUUAAAUCAAACCCAAACCAAAAACACUAAGUUAGAAUUAAAGUUACUCAAUAAUCAAGCACCGGAAACUAAUCCUAAACUAGAAUCCACCUUAGACACCCUCAUCAAAGAUAUCCAAGCCCUCAAUCAAGAAUUAGCUAAUCCCUCACUAACUGAAUUACAAUCGGCACUAACCAUUGCCAGUCAAAAAUUAGCUGAACUCCUCCACAAAGAAUUCACCACUUUAAAAAAUAAAAUCACUACUAAAUUAGCAGCCAACCAGCAAACUAUCAGCGAAACCAAUCACAAACUUCAAGAAAGCAAUCGCAAGUUAGAAACUACUCUUAAAGAAAACUCAGAAAAUGAGAAAGUGUUGGAACAAGAAAAAAUAUUCAGUAAAUUUUCUUCCGCCCGACAGCAACAGCAAAGUCAUUUAAGAGAAGUUCUGCUGAGCCUAUGUGCUAAAACAGGAUAUGAUUUGAAUAAUGAAGAACUCCGCGAAUACUGGCAAAUUAGAACUGAUGAUGCAGAAAUAGCCAAGAUGAUAGAAAUAAUUGGCGUCAAUCUUGACCGCUUACGUGAACUGGAACUAACUGGUUUCACCAUUGAAGAAGUAGAUUAA